UCUUUUUGUGCAAAGUCAGGUUUGUUUAUGCACUGAAAAGCCAAAAGCGUAAUGGCGCCGGACAGGUUGUGAUGAGCUAGCGGGAAUAGUAACGAAUCUACCUACACCCUCGGAAAGAGUACGUGGUGAAAUAAGUAAAGAAACCUAAGCUAAAUUGCUCYUCGCGAAAAUGCAGAUUACUUUGAAAACCCUCCAGCAGCAGACAUUUAAAAUCGACAUAGACGAAGAGGAGACGGUAAAAACCUUAAAGGAAAGAAUUGAGAAUGAGAAGGGAAACGAUGGUUUUCCGGUUGCAGGGCAYAAAUUGAUAUAUGCAGGGAAAAUCCUAAAUGAUGACACUGCUAUCAAGGACUAUAAGAUUGAUGAGAAGAACUUUGUGGUUGUCAUGGUGGCAAAGCCUAAAGCAGCCCCGGCAGCUGCCCAGCCUUCCGGUUCUGCCGCCACCACCUCCUCCAGCACUACAGCCCCCACAGUACCCACUGCUGCCUCGCCAGGCUCAGAUAACCCACCAGAGGCGUCCAAACCAGCCGAGGAGAGGCCCUGCAGCACUUCAGCCCCAGCAUCAACCCCCACCAGUUCCUCUGGUCUAUUGACAAAUGUGAACAUGUUCGAGGAGGCAACAUCUGCUCUGGUGACAGGCCAAUCGUAUGAGAACAUGGUGACAGAGAUGAUGCUGAUGGGCUACGAGAGGGAGCAGGUAGUGGCAGCGCUCAGAGCCAGCUUCAACAACCCAGACAGAGCUGUGGAGUACCUGCUUACAGGGAUCCCAGCUGGGGAGGAGAGCCAUGCGGCUGCUGACCCAGUGGUGCCCUCUGUGGGUGGAGGAACUCCAGCUCUCAACACAGGCAGUAUGACGACCCCCGCCAGCGUUGCAACAGGAGCCAAUCCUCUGGGGUUCCUGGUUAACCAGCCUCAGUUUCUCCAGAUGAGACGGAUCAUCCAGCAGAACCCCUCUCUGCUCCCUGCCUUACUACAGCAGAUAGGGAGGGAGAARCCCCAGCUUCUGCAACAAAUCAGCAGCCACCAAGAGCAGUUUAUCCAGAUGCUGAAUGAGCCAGCCCAGGAGGGGGGACAGGGUGGUGGAGGCGGAGGUGGAGGUGGCGGUGGUGGUGGUGGAGUGGGGGUUGGUGGGGAGGCUGGAAGUGGCAUGAACUACAUCCAGGUCACACCUCAAGAGAAGGAGGCCAUUGAGCGGCUAAAAGCCCUAGGAUUCCCAGAAGGACUUGUUAUWCAGGCCUACUUUGCCUGUGAGAAGAACGAGAACUUGGCCGCUAACUUCCUUUUACAACAGAACUUUGACGACGACUAAAAAGGGAGCCAUGAUAGUAAUUUUGAUCCUCCCCCCCCCCCUCCCCUCUACUUUUGUGAUUGAUCAAUAUCUGAUAAAAGCAUAAAAACACGGGCCUUCACGGUUUCCUGAAUUUUCCUACAAAUAC